UGUAAUUCAAAAUACAAAUGUUUUUGUAUAUAUUCCGGACAUAUAGUGUCUUACAAUCUUGCCUCAUGAGAUCCCGCAUUCUGUGGACCUCUUCGUUUGAAACUGGUUGAUUGGUAAGUGUAUAUAAUGUCCUCAAAAAUACUCUGCAUUAUCGCUUUAUAUAAAGAUUUUGUUGGCAUCCCAAUUGAUUGAAUAAUAGUUGAUGGGUUUUGUAGAUGAAAAUUAUAGAGUGGAAAUUUUAUAUACAUUUAUGAACCAAACCUGUGGUCCUGCGAUUCCGGUGCAGCGCUCUAACUGAGUUACUAGACUGUAGUUGUCGAGCUCCAACCUCAGCUGGCCCAUGAUGUAUACUAGCCAGGGUACUGCCAUGUUAAGGUACGGGUAAAUACCAUGAUUUUGUUGGCAUCUCACUCGAUUAAAUAAUAAUUGAUGUGUGUUUUAGAUGGAAAUUAUCGUGUGUAAAUUUCAUAUAUGUUUAUUAGACCUAACCAUGCAGGAACAGCUGCAAAGGUGCAAAUAUACGUCCUUUGGCAGGAAUCAACCUGCUGCCCUGCGAUUCCCGUGCACACACACACACACACACACACACACAUAUAUAUAUAUAUAUAUAUAUAUAUAUAUAUAUAUAUAUAUAUAUAUAUAUAUAUAUAUAUAUAUAUAUAUAUAUAUAUAUAUAUAUAUAUAUAUAUAUAUAUAUAUAUAUAUAUAUAUAUAUAUAUAUAGUUUUUCGUUUUACCUCAAAGAACCACAACAGUCUGUUUCAUCCGUAUAGGAAUCAUCAUGAUUCCUAUACGGAUGAAACAGACUGUUGUGGUUCUUUGAGGUAAAACGAAAAACUAUAUUACGCUCUAUCUAUAUGGUAUUGAGCACUGUUUGUGUUUCGUAAACCAAAAUCUUAAGCUAUAUAUAUAUAUAUAUAUAUAUAUAUAUAUAUAUAUAUAUAUAUAUAUAUAUAUAUAUAUAUAUAUAUAUAUAUAUAUAUAUAUAUAUAUAUGAGCGAUAGAGUCUACAGGACGUCUCACUCGAUAGAACUAACACUAUAAUGUAGAUGGAAAUUUCCACCGGAAGACUUCGAUUUUUAAUAAUAAAAUCUUUAUUUAUACUAAUAAAAGAAACCGUUCAGUCAAUUACAUAGAUUGGUUGGUAUCAAUCGGUGAUUACUGUGCAACAAGUAUAUAUAAUAACUAGAAGUGCAUAAAUAAGGCUAUACAUUGCAUAACUGUAAAAUGUCUGUAUAAUUGGACGUAUAAUCCAUGCAAAUAAUUGUCCAUGCCACGUAAUUGUGCGUAGCAUCCAUGUUCAUCAAGUAUUUAUAUAAACAUUUCGUUCUUGAACCACACAAGGGUUUUUAGUUCUCGUAUCUCUUUCGGUAUAGAGAAUUCCAAUCUCUGGCAGUCGAGAAUCUGAACGAGGUCUCGCCACAUCUAGUUCUUACUGGCGGUAAAUCUAAUGUUGGAUUUCUAAGAGAUCGACAGUGCAUUUGUGAUCGUCUUACUAGAUAGUCUAUAUCAAUUGCUUCGGGCAAUUUACGUUGUUUAUGAUCUCAUAAACGUAUAUUGCAACCCGACGUCUUCCGACGACAUCUUGUUUCUUUUCAAGCGAAGGUAUUUCGUAUCGAAGCUAGACAAAGGGCAUUCUCUCAAAACGUCGAAGUUCCGGUUAUAUUUUUCAGGUAGUUGUAUAAUUGAUCUCAAUGCAUGUCAAUGAGCAGCUGUCUUGUUAUCGUCGCAGCCUAUACAUGCACUGACACUAUUAGAUUCAUCUUCGCCCAAUAAUGCGAUUGGACUCGAAAGAAUCCAAUAAGUUAUAAUACCAAGUCAGUAUAUAACGAUAAAUAAAACCCCCGACAGGAGUAGUAAAACUUUGGCUGCCAUUUCUGGCCAUGCAGGAUUCAUUUGUAAGAUCUCUGAUCGAGAAAAUCCCCAAAUGAGAUGCAUCGUAUACGGCAGUGGUUGCGAUAUUUUCUUUGCCUAAACAAUAAUUUCAAGUGGAAUUUUUAUCCAUUUAUUAGACCCAAACAGGAACAGUUGCGAAAAAUGCAACAAUAUCACCCUCUGGCAGGAAUCGAACAUGCGGGCAUGCUCUUAAUUUCGCAAAACAGCUGCUAGUAUCCGGUGUAUAUAGCUUCUUUGGGUACUUAUAAUGUAGAAAAUGAAAAAAAUUUCUCGAACUCAAAUUUUCCAACAACAAUCUUUUCCAACAAACUAAAAAUGGCUUAAUACAUGGAAAAUCUGUUGGGUUUUUAAUUACUGUACAAAAUUUCAGACAAUUUGCUUUAGUUUAAGCCCUGUAACUAUUCACGCAAACUCGCAUAUUUUCGUAAAAAAUCAGCAAUUUGCACAACCUCGUACCAGGCUCUUACCUUCGCUACGCGGUUGCUAUUUGCAUGCUAAUUAAUGGCUUUGCCUAAUUUGCAUAUGUCAGCAGUAUGCAAAUUAGGUAAAGGCAUUAAUUAAGCAUGCGAAAGGAUAAUUUUUUAGAAAAAUAUGAAUAGUUAAAGGAGCUAAGGCAAAUUGUCUGAAAUUUUGUACAGUAAUUAAAAACCCAACAAAUUUUCCAUCUAUGAACUCAAAAUAUGAUUAAAGCUUUUAAUUUUCGUGCACAAGCCAUUUUUAGUUUAUUGGAAAAGACACACACCCCUGGUUUACAAAAUUUGAGUUCCAGAAUUUUUUUAUUAUUCUACAUUAUAAGUACCCAAAGAAACUAUAUAAUUUAUAUCAAAAACUGGAUACUAGUAGGUGUUUUGCGAAAUCGAGAGCAAUUUGAAAUGUGUUCAGUUUUUUUAUACACCCUGUAUAGUCGCAUUUUUGCAGCUGCUCCACUCAAAAUUUCCAACUUCGAAUAUCUUCAAUAGUUACUUAUAUCGCGUGAGAUACCCAUAGAAAUGCAGGAGAUACCCCAAAUAAUGAUUUUCACUAUAUAUUUACAGCGUUUGCCGCUCGAUCUAAAGAACAAUUUACGAUGGGCAAUGACAAUAGUUUCCGUUGUUGGGUGACAGGCUGUACUGCCUCCGAGCAAAAUGGUCCACCUGCUGUGGUAAUAAACUAUAAAGAAAAGGGAAUGUACAAGGCAUAUAAAGAUGCAAGCGAUUACGUGGAAAAAAACAAGGAAGACGGGUAUUGCGUUGUUGGGCCUGAUGGUUUUUUGAAGUGCUGGAAAUUGCACAAAGGAUGUAAAGCAAAGUUCAAAAGAACAUCUGAAAAUGUGUUUCUGUGUUAUUACAAUGGAGAAUUAAAAUUAGCGAAUGACACAAAAGGGGAGAUGAAGAAGUUUACUCGGACCGAUCUCUACUAUUACAAUAGUACUUGAAUAAAUAAUGUGUGUGAGUGCCAGAGUCUGAGUGAGAGCUUUUCACGUUGAUGCAGAUUAAUCAAAUGUACGGUAUAUCCACGUUUACGCCAAUGUAGUAUAGAGAAUUGCACAGUUAUCGCUUAUUAUUCAGCUCACUCCCUAUCAGGGUUUUCAGUGACCGUUUACAUCAAGUAUUACGCUUACUUAUUAUAUGGCAAGCAUCACUUCCGGCAAAAUGGCGGACUGUGAUCGGCUGAGAAGCACUUUCAGCGGUCUAUUAUUUCCCCAUGCGGUCCACUACGUAAAAACAAACGCAUGCAUUUUAAAACAAAACAGAAAAAUUAAUUGAAAAUUAUAAUUUAAUUUGUUAUUAAUAAGAUAUCUGCGAAUGUUUUUUAGUGGAAAAGAAGGAAUACAUUGGUAUUUGUUUCGACCAAAUAUGUAUCACGCUACUAAUAUGCAUUUCAAACCAUGCAUUUCUUGUUUGUUUCAAGUAUAAAUGCCUAUAAAUGCUAUAUAAUAAACUUUUUAUUAACCUCGCUUGCAUGCUUGGUCUUAGUCUCCUACGCAUACCUACUUAGCGGGCUGAGCCCUCACGUAAGGUAUGCUUACUUUGGCCAAGAAUUCCUUUCCUCAAAAUUAGCCAAUCACAGCUUUACCCACGAAAAUUGUGGGGCUUGACCUUUGACUAUGCCUUUGACCUUGAGGCUUCUUGGGUCGUCAAAUGUUUCAAAACACAUCUUGAACAUUUCAUAUCUUCAUUUGUACGACGUACGUACAGUAUAUUCAUAUCUUAAACCGAUUAUAUGCGGGAGUUGAGAGAUAUAACCGAUUAUAUGCGAGAGCUGAGAGAUGUGCCAGGCCCUCUUUACAAUUCUUUCAACUGAGAAACACUAUGUUGAUGUGCCCAUGAUAAUAGCAAGAUUGCCAAUUGUAUCAAUUGUAACUAUGAUGGUUUAAAUUACCUUAGAUCCUUUGAGAUAGAAUACUAGAUAAGGAUGUUUCAGCUGCUUGUCUUUUCUCUGUAAUGCUAGAUCUGUAAUACUGUAUUUAAAAUUACAAUAUUUUUCAUAAUCAAUUAACUUUAUAUCUUUCCUUCACUUAUUUGUAAAAAUAUUUUUCUAAACUUACUUACACUACCUACAUUUAAAUUCAUUGCCUGCCACGACUAGCUUGGCUACUUGCAGGUAAUGUAACGUAUAAUCUUUCUUUGUAAAUUUUUGUAAACAUUAAAUUAUUAUUAUUAUUAUAUAUUUGUUAUACAUAUACCAGUCUACAAAUUUACAAUAUGGAACAAUUGUAAAAUCUGUUAGAAUUUGUCGAGCUAUUGUUUUGAACAGACAGUGUAGUAAAAUCGAACAAUGUCACAUAAAAUAUUUCGCGAUGUUUUGAUUACUUUUCAAGCGUUUGCAGGUGUUACUGCACGGGUAAUAUACUGGACAAAGACGUCAAGACAACGUUAUAAAGUUACAGUGUACAUUACUGCGGGUGUAGAUAGUAGAUUUAUAAGUACUAAUUGCAUGAAGACUACAGAAUUCUCGACAGAAUUCAGCCCAUAUAAGUACUGAAUUGACUCAUUGCAUAUUUCGGUUUCUAAGUUUGUAUAUGACUAGCCAGUUUAUAAAGUUUAAUAAAAUCGUAAUUACAAAAGUCGCUCUGAUAUUGAACGUUCGGAAACUUAGUACUAUUUACAAUAUGAGCGGCCGUGUUGUAUCGGAUAUUAUAUAAUAACUAUAGUGAAACAUGCAAUUUGAUUGGUCAAUAGCCGUGCAGGAUCAGGCUGUCCUGCACGAGGAAUUAAAAUGCCUUCGCGGGAUUUUCGCGGGAUUCUCAAAAUGUCAUUGUUUCACUGUAGUUAUUUUAUAAAACGAUUACCAAAUGGUUUUCCAAGCAGGAUAGCGUGAUCCAU